AUUUUCAAACCCUGCUAACUGCGAGGAGGGACGUUUGUGAAUUAACUUUUCGGAGGAGCACAAUCGGAGGCAGUGUUUGGGCCUGAGUCAUGGCCUCGCUCGGUGGCUUCGUCGAGUUCUUCCAAAAAGGGAAAACCUUCAGGCCAAAGAAGAAAUUUGAGCCUGGGACUCUCAAGUACUCGUUACACAAGCAGGCACAGGCGUCACUCAGCUCGGGAAUCAACCUGCGUUCAGUGGUCACUCUGCCGCCCGGAGAAGAUCUCAAUGACUGGAUUGCCGUUCAUGUGGUGGAUUUCUUCAAUCGAAUCAACCUGAUAUAUGGGACAGUAUGUGAAUAUUGUACGGAGAGUUCCUGCCCGACUAUGUCUGGAGGACCCAAAUUUGAAUACUUGUGGGCUGAUGGCGGGAAGUACAAGAAGCCGACCGCUCUCCCUGCACCACAAUACAUAUCACACCUCAUGGAUUGGGUAGAGACACAAAUUAAUGAUGAACACACCUUUCCAGUCACUGUUGAUGUGCCCUUCCCAAAAGCCUUCAUUCCUUUGUGUAAGAAGAUUCUUACACGUCUCUUCAGGGUUUUUGUCCAUGUAUAUAUCCAUCACUUUGACCGCAUUGUGGCUAUUGGAGCUGAAGCCCAUGUCAACACCUGUUACAAGCAUUUUUAUUACUUCAUCACUGAGUUCGACCUAGUUCCUCAGAAGGAGUUUGAACCUCUCAAAGAUAUGACUGCCAAGAUUUGUCAUGACAACCCAGAACCUCCAAUAGAAUCCAACCACAGAAGACAGUGAGUUUCUCAUUAGGAGAGAGAGAGAGAGAGAGAUACGACAAUAUGGGAGAAAGAUAAUAAAGCUCCCAACUUGUGUGGGAGUGAGUUGAUAGGAUAUAUUUAUAAGUCUGGUAUGGUUUGAUGCGUGAUCAGCUUUUGUAUGUGCCAGGAUGUGUAACAGUAUGGAUCUGAUAAGGUUUAAAUGGUUCCCACUAAGGUGAAUAUGGAAGUGGUAUUUGUAAUAAAGGUGAAACUGGACCUUAAGCUUUAUAUAGGAUUUAUUGUUGGUAUAAUUGAUAAGUGUUAGACAAUAGGCCAGUGUAGGCCAUUAAUUCUUUGGUACUCUUAUUAAGAAGCCAUAAAGAGUUAACUAUGGCUUAACUGAAACAAUAUCUCUUUUUUUGUUCAUAAAUCUUUUUUUGUUUUUCCUUUAUCCCCCCCCCCCUUUUUUUUUUUUCUUUUCAUUAUUAUUAUUAUUUUUUUUUUUUUCUUAAGUAAAAGUGAGUUACUUAGAGAUCAUAUAAGUAAGGAUAGAUGCAUUUUCCAAUAUUGAUAAUGUAAAUUAUCUUGGACUUUGUAUUUAUAUCUGUGGUAAAAGCAUAAUGUUCAGUAAUUACUUGUCAGUGAUGUAUGUGUGUGUAUAUAUAUAUAUAUAAAUAAUAGUUGUGUAAAUGACUAAAUGUAAGCCCAAGAUUUUAUAUGUCUGUUUGACUAAGUUCAUUUUGUUUUCCUCCCAUGAUCAUUAUAAUGUGAAGAUGACAUUGAAGUGAAUGCUUAUGGCUUCAAAACUUUAUUAAUAUUUUGAUGCUUUGGCUUAUAUCCAUGCAGAAACACAAAGAAAAGUAAAUUUAAGUUUUCAGAUGCCUCUCAACUUCUGCAACUAUGAGAAUUCAAAGCAGAUAAUACAAAAAGAUAUAUAAAAAUUAAUUAAAGAAAGAAAAAAUUUAUCAUGUUCAUAUUUUAUUGUGGUUGUAUUAUUUAUUUCACGAAAUGUUAGAAGAAAUAUUUUUUUAAAAAUCUGUGUAAUGCACUGUAUCUCUCAAACUUUCUUUUUCUUAUAUUCUGCAUUUGAUUUAUCUGAUACCAGCAUUUCUGUAAAGAAAAUAGGCCAAACUGAACAUUAGAAAAAUAGUUUUCUGUUUUGAUUUUUUGUGGCUCAGCAGUAAGAAAUAUUUUAUUUGUUGUACAGUGCAAUAUGAAUUCAAAUUAGAUCAGAAGAAAUUGACAGUAGUUGGUUUAUUUUUUAUUGAUUUGAAAUCCUAAAGGACAAAAAUAUGUAUCAGAAGAGUGAGCUGAUUUUUAAUUUCUCAAUAGUAUGUUUUCAAGAAAUGCCUUGAGUUUAUGAAAAGUCUUUAAAUUUACUUAGUUCCCCUCCAAAAUGGUAUUUGAGUCAUUUGACAGAGAAUGUUGAUGAAUAUUUGGCCAGUUCUUCUAAAGUAGACUUGGAAAACAGUGAAAUUUAGAAGUAUUUACAUUAUUAAAUGUAGUGAUCUGAGAAUUAUUUAAGUUUAUAAUAUGUAUCUCAAGAAACAUGCAGUAUUAUGAAAGCCACUCAACCGUCCACAAUGUUUAGUCAUUGAACAGGUAUUCACAUUUACCUGUAAGCCUGUUUUUUUCAAGCUUUUGCCAAUUUUUACAGCUUUUAUUCACAAAAAUACCUCUUUGCUUUUAAGUGAUAAGAUGAAAGUAUUGGUUAUAAAUCUGGGACAGUCAUUGUACAGUUCUCUCAUUCAGAAUCUGUUAAAAAUGAAAUUUUAGUCUCCAGGAAUACCACUCCUAGAAAUGUUAAGUUUUGUCAGAAUUUAUGUACUUAGAAUAUAAUUUUUUCAUUUUUUUUAGCUCCUGUUUUAUGUUCCAUUUGCAGCCAAAAAUACCAAAGCAAACUGCGUAGAGGUGCUUAUUUUUCUUGAUUGGUUUCCAUAUACAAGUAACGGACACAUAAAUACAUGGCUCUGACAAAACUAUAUAUACCUUCCCUCAACUUCACUAAUCAUCAUUUGAUUCCAAUAGAACCACUUAUUAAUGGCUUGAAAGCUUUUUACGUUUUAUAGAGAAAUGUUGCUGUGGAUCACAUAUUACAUGGACAUACAGGGUACCAUGAAAAGGGUCAACAACUCAACAACUUUAGUACAUAUUUUUGUUUGUGUAUGUAGUCUUUUUUCCAGAGUUGAAUAGAAUCACUUUUCAUAUUAAUAAAUAUGAUUUCUGAUUUCCUUUUUUUAAAGAGAUCUGUUUAAUACAAAAAUGUAAGCUGUGUAUUAUCAAUAUUCUGUUAGGCAUUAUAUUUGCCAUUGAUAUUACUUUAUUUUGUAUGUACAAAUGGAUUCACAUCUCUUUCAUAAUAAACAACUUAUAUUGUCUUUGUUAAAUUUAAUAGCUUAUUAAUUAUCCAUUGUAGAUUUAACUCUUAGUUUGUACUUACUUGUAGGCCACAUUAUCAUUCAUAAUAGUUCUGAAUUUGAGUUAUUUUCUUGAAAGUACAAUUGCAAGAUGCUUCUCUCUCUCUCUUCCCCCCCCCAUCUUCCAUGUGUCAAAUUUCGGUUCAGUAGAUCAUUUUUAACAUACAUUUUCAUCUUUAAACUGUGUCAUUUCCUUUAAAUUACUUUAAAUUGAUUAUAUAAGAAUUGUUAAAUGCUUUUCAUGAGUGGUCUGAUACCUCAAAUAUUGGUUUUGUUUAGAUGCUGCAAAGGGGUCACCAGUGCAUUUUCCCAAAGUAACAAAAAUUAAACCAUCUGAGAAGGGUAUCAUUCCAAGAUUUUUUUUUUUAUCUGGUAUAUAUUUUUACAAUACACAUCAGAUGUUGAGUUAAAAGAUACAUAAUAUAAUAUGAUAUGUAAUAAGAAAAUUUGGAGUAGUUAGUUUCAUGUAUUUAGUUUCGUAGAUAGUAAAAGAGUGUAGAACAUGAAGUCAUCACAUAUUUCAUUGAUUUGAAGUUUUGUUUUGUAGAAUAUAAGUGCCUGUUAGUAUGAAAAUUAGUAACUCUUAAUAGGUAUGAACAGUUGGGAAUAUUAAAUGAAAGAAAACCUAAAUCUGCAUAUCUGUGAAGUGUAUCAGAUAUUCAUGCAGUAAAAUCGGUUGCUUUGCAGGGGUUAUGUUCUUGUCCUGAAUACUUGUGUAUUAUGAUGUAUUUCUUGUAUUUCUUGAUAGGAUUUUGUGCAGUGACUCGUUAAGAAGAGGUCUACAUUGUCAGAGAAUACAUUAUAGCUUAAUCUGUGUUUAUCUUGAAUGAAUGAAUAUAACUAAGCUGUACUGCUGUCUUCCCCCCUAGAGUUUUACUCUUGCACUCUCUCUGUAGCCUUAGAAAUAGGUGCUCUGAUAAUACAGACCUGGAUUUGUUGGAGUUGAGAUAUGUUAGGGAAUAUUGAUGCAAAUUAUCAAAGUCCAAAGGUGAUUGUGAUAUGAAUGUCAGCUUAUGGAUAAGUAGUAGUUGAUUGACUGAAUAUCUUUGUUUAGCUUUUACUGAGGAAAGAUUAAUCCUGUAAAGUUAACAAUCUUGUUUAAUUUUUUUAAGAAUUAGUAAUUUAUAUUGGAAGUAUCAAAUUUUGGUCUGUCAUUUAUUUUUAUGUCAUAUCUGUACACUGAAAGAAUUACAUACUUAUUUCUUUUUCUUGUAGAUGUUUAUUUCACAAUGGCUAUUUUAGUUUUCAGUCAAAGCACUGUGAUCCUUUAAUAUACAUCAAGUAGUUCAGAAAGGUAAAGCCAUUCAGAAUUCAUGUGGCUUUUUCACCUGUUUUUAUCGUUUUAUAUCCAUUACAUCCCAAAGAAAUAGUUAAGUUAAUUCUGUCCCCAUGAUUUGUUUUCACCUAAGAAGUCAUAAAAUGAAUUAACCAAAAAAUUACUAAAGGUGUAAUUUCAGUGCAACUGUUGCAUAUCUCCAAAUAUGAAGAAUGCUUACCUUUGCCCAUGAUGUUUGGUAAAGGAAUGUUUCCUAGGUUUUAUCACACCCAGUACUGAUAAUUUUAGCCAUACCUUUGAAGAAACCCUGGCAUGUGUCAUAUUGGUUUAUUUAUUCUUGGGUAACUUGUGAUUUUUGUUUGUAUGUUCUGAGGAGGAGCUAAGCAUAAGCUCAGGGAAUCAUGCAGAGGUGUCCAGUUUCUCUUGAUACAGAUCAAAGCAAAGAUGAAACUUUUCUGUCAAAUUAUGGAUUUUGAGGUUUGAAAAAUUGCUGCAAGGUUAGUCUAGUAACUGUGUAGUUAACUCCUGGAUAUAAAUAAUAUGUUGGAUGUUAACUUGGCAGAAUUGUUUUAAAAUAGAUGGCAAUAUUAUGUUUUAAUAACUAAUGUAAGUAUAUGUGAAGUUUCCAUGACUGGAAAUAUGCUUUGUCAUUAGCUGCUAAUGCUCUGCAUUAAAAUUCAUAUUGUUCAGUAAAUUGAUUUAUCAAAUUUAAAUGGUUUCUUAA